GGCACUUCCGGCCGAGCCGCGCCAAGAUGCCGGCGCUGCUGGAGCGGCCGAAGCUCUCCUCGGCCAUGGCGAGGGCGCUGCACCGCCACGUGAUGAUGGAGCGCGAGCGGAAGCGGCAGGAGGAGGAGGAGGUGGAUAAGAUGAUGGAGCAGAAGCUGCGGGAGGAGCAGGAGCGGCGGCGCAGGAAGGAGAUGGAGGAGCGGAUGUCGCUGGAGGAGACGCGGGAGCAGAAGCUGCAGGAGCGGCUGGCGGCGCUGCAGGACGAGAAGCAUCAGCUGUUCCUGCAGCUGAAGAAAGUGCUGCACGAGGAGGAGAAGCGGCGCCGCAAAGAGCAGAGCGACCUGACCACGCUGACGGCCGCCGCCUACCAGCAGGGAUUGGUGCACAGCGGGGGGCACGUCCUCAACAUGCAGGGCAGCCCUGGGGGUCACGGCCGCGCGGGGACUCUGCUGGGAACGGAGCGGGGAAAGCAGAUGUACGGCGCCGUCAUCAGCACGCGGCACUUUGGGGCCUUUGGGGCGGAGCCGUUCCAGGGGGCGCAGACGGCCCCCCCCGGCCCCUUCGCUGUGGGGCAGAAUCAGUUCGGGGCCGCACAGCCGGGGGGGUUCGGAGGAGCCCAACAGCUGAGGGGCCCCGCCCCCUUCGCGGCGCUGCCGUUCCUCCCCCAGCAGCCACCGGGCGGCGCCUUCGGCCUCCACGGCCCCUUCCCGGCACCCACCGGGUUUCUUCCCCCCAGCAGCAGCCUCCCCCUGCAGAAGCAGCUGGAGCAUGCCAACCAGCAGUCCGGCUUCAGCGACGCCGCGCUGCACAACACCCAACUGCUGCCCAGCGCCCCACUGCCCACCGUGGGGAAGGGGGCGCUGCCCUUCCCCCACGCCCGCCCCGCCUCACCUGGGAGUUUCCAGCCCCACGGAGCCAGCGGGCAGCAGCCCCAUGGGUCCGGGUUCCCCCCCGGAGCUCCGCCCCCCGCCCGCCACGCGCCGUUCCUGCCCCACCCCCCCCAGGGGCAGCGCUUCUACCACAAGUGAUGACGUCACUUCCGCCGGACCCGGAACCGCCCCCCCGGCGAUGACGUCACUUCCGCCCGGACUCUUCCCCUCCCCCCUCCUCCCCCCCCCCCCCCCCACGCUCCGCCUCCCGCCCCGUGGAUGACGUCACCAAUAAAGUCAUUUCCGGUUUUA